CCUUCUAAGCCCAAAGUCACUUCCGCCAUUUUGACAACAAAGCUGCAGACUGGGGUCCAUCAAUCACCCAGCGAGAUCCCAGCCACAGACGGGUUUUCUCCGCAUUUUCCUCCUUUCCUGCCUCGCCAGGUAGGAAUGUGACAUUCCAGCAAAAAUCUGGAAGAUUGAUACAGAAGAGGAAAACACUUGCAAUCCGUCAUGAACGACCGGCAGACGUCGUCCAAUGUGCCGACCACCCAGCAGCCUCCUGCUGCCCACCAGUCUCACAGCGCCCCCUCUCUGGCCUCCCAGGUGCAGGUUAUCCAGCAGGCGCUGCACCGUGGAGGCCAGCCUGUGACCAGUGUGAGCGCUGCGCAGUACUCGGCCCUGCAGCAGAUGUACAUGCAGCAGCAGCUCCUGCUGCAGAACAUGGCAGCACAGCAGCAGGCACUGGGCUCAUCUGCCGUGGGGCAGCACGGGCUCUCACUCACACAGGCAAAUCGGCAGGUGCUGUCCACACAGUCAGGUACGGUGACAUCCCAGGCACAGCUGCUCACCACACCUGCAGCCCUGCAGCUGCUGGGCCCACGCAUGGCUGCGGCGGCUGGCGCAGGUGGCCUGAGCCUGUCGCAACCGCUGCAGCUGGUGGGGCAGGCGGGGCAGCCACUGUAUACCACCUGCACACCGCAGCAGCUGCACAGCGUGCUGUUACAGGCACAGCAGGCACAGAGCGCUGCGGCUUCACAGCAGGCCCAGCAGGCAGCGACUGCGCAGCUACAGAAGCAGGCGGCUGCAUCCAUGGCGCAGCAGCAGGCAGGUGCACAGCUGGCGCUGGGGCCGGCGACUUCAGCUGGCUCAACCGGGUCCUCCUCAACUCCACCUGCUCUCCUCUCACAGCUCCCAUCCCGUGGCCAGGGCUCUGUGCAGGCCCUUCCCCUCAGGGGGCCCCCAGUUCCACCUGCCUCCUCCAACCAAUCAAAACCCUCCCAGUCCAAACAGCUGGACCAAUCAGAGAAGAGGGUAUCGACCUCUCCCAAGAAAACAGACUCCUCUACAGUUGAAAAGUCAAAGAGCCAAUCAUCACAUCCCGUACCACAGGCCAUUGCUAUUGGUCAGCCGUCUUCAGCAAAGGCUGUGCCUGUGCAGUAUCCCCCAACAAAGCAGACUGCCCCCGCCCCUCCGGUCUCCAAACUGGAGGCUCACUCAAGUCUACACCUACUGGCCUCUCAUGCCCAUCACGUCAGUUCUCGCUCCCCAACACAUGACAGGGGCACCUCUGCAAUGUCUCCUCCAUUCAGACAUGCUGCCCAGCCUGCAGCUGAUCAGCAGAAAACAGCCCUGUCUAGACCCCCUGCCCCCAAGCCGGAGGGCUACCACUCGUACAUGGGCUCGCGAGGUCAGGACACUACCUCUCCCACCACGCCCACCACUGUCCCAUCUCCGACUUUCCUCCAGCAUAGUCAGAGACCACACUCCAGGCCGACUCAGCCUGUACAGGCUGUACCAGCCCUGCAAACAUCGCCUAAGCCAACCGCUCCCUCCCCUCCCAUCACAAAAAUGGAGGCCCAACACAUACCGCACCACGUGCCCGUGCCGGUGGUCCCGCGGCCCCCGUUACACAGCCGGCCGGCGACCACCCCACCGUCUCCGACCUUUCAACAAAGGCUGCCUACCUCCCCAACGGUCCAGUCGAUGGGGAUCCAGCUGGGGGCCUCCAGUCUGGGAAGCCCACCGCCCCCAGAGGCAAAAACUGGACAUAUCCACCACGUCCACCCCCAUGUGCAGCCUCCGGUGCAGCAGCCGCCCCAGCCGGUGCAGGCACACAACCCGCAGGGGCACGCCAUCCAGGCGGCGCACGUCCCGCCGACCCACGUACAGGCGGCGCACGUCCAGCCAACUCAUGUCCAGCCCCUGUCCCAACCACUCCCCCUCGCUCUGGCCACGCACAAACCCGUCCAGACCGCCCCUCCCCUGCCUCAGCAGCCUACCGGCGGCCCUCCACCCGUCGCACAGCCCUCAGCCAUUCAGCAGCCCGCCAGCCAACCACAGCCCUCUGCCCUGAGCGUGCUGCCGACGUCACAGCCCAGUCAGCGACAGAUCCCCACCCCUGGGCCACAGUCGCGGCUGACCCCGCCCCCCGCCCAGCCACAGCGCCCACAGUCACUGCCUCCACCCGUCUCCACGUCAGCCAUGAUCAGCCAGCAGGCUCCACCCCGCGUGCCGUCGCCAAAACAAAAUGGAGUUACAGAGACGACUCCAGCUCAGGAGAAAGUCGAUGAUGCGAUGAAGUCCCCGGAGCCCCCAAAGGAAGAUCCCAUGACCAGUCACAGCAGCGAGUUACCGCUGGCGCUGAACAAACCACCGACGGAGAAACAGCAGCCACAGCGAGCAGUCGUCAAACCACAGAUCCUCACACACCUCAUAGAUGGCUUCAUUAUACAGGAGGGACCACAACCCUUCCCUAUCAAGCACAACUCUAUCCUGGUGGAGUCCCGCCGUCCUCAGGCCGGCUCAGCGAAGGACCAGCCAGAGGCAGGCCCCAGUAGUGAGAAUGGCAGCACACUGCUUAUACAGUCCCCAGAUGGCAAGCAACCUGCCAAGAAGCCCAAGAAGCCGCAGGACAAAACUCUGUUAAAGUGUGAGUUCUGUGGCAAGGUGGAUUACCAGUACAGGUUCCGUGGAUCCAAAAGGUGGUUAAUUUUCUAUACAAAAAGGUUCUGCUCCAUGGCCUGUGCCAAGCGCUACAACGUUGGCUGCACCAAGCGGCUCGGCCUGUUCACGCCCAAACAGCCCAGCAGAUACAUCUCCAAGAAGAAGCGAGAGCGGAAAUCGUCCUCGCGAAAGUCCCCGUCAGGGAGCGAAGUGUCGCCUUCGAGAUUGUACAGCACUUCUAUGUCCCCAGAAGCGGAGGAUGUGCAGAUGUCGGAGCCGAUGGACUUCAGCCCUCCCCACGAGCAGCUGUCCCCCCGCGCCCCGCUGGCAUCACCAUCCAGGAUCGUGAACCGACACAACAGCUUCGGCAGUACGGACACUGAGCUGGACCUGGGACCUGCCAACCCCAACCCUGCCAGGUGGAGCGUGGAGGAAGUGUGGGAGUUUAUCCGCAGCCUGCCGGGCUGCAGUGACUUUGCGGACGAGUUCCGUGCUCAGGAGAUUGACGGGCAGGCCCUGAUGCUGCUGAAGGAGGACCACCUCAUGAGUGCCAUGAACAUGAAGCUGGGCCCCGCCCUAAAGAUCUGCGCCAGGAUCAACUCAUUAAAGCAGGAUUCCUGAGGACAGUCUGUAGGACUUGUUAUCUUUAAAGGCAUCCAGUGCAGUUUUUAGGGCUUGGAAACCAGAUUUUUCAAAGUCAAUACUUUAGUCACUUAUCUACAUACUAAGUUGAAACACACUGUCCAAAUGUAUAUCAACAUUUAUGGAGCAAAUAUGCCUGAAAGUCUGACCAAAAACGGUUACUGGAAGAACCCUAGGCUGAUUUUUAGGGUACUACCCAGAAAGCUU